AUGGCGCUCAACGUAACCUUGAAAGUCGCGAUUGUAACAGGUGCUGGAUCUGGAAUUAACUACUCCUUCGCGAAGCUACUUCUUGAGAACAAAUGCAAUGCCAUACUCGCAGAUUUGGCCUUCCGGCCCGAAGCAGCGGAGCUUGUUUCCUCCUAUAGUGACGGAAACACAACGCCUAGAACUAUUUUUAUGCUGGUAGACGUCACCAACUGGAAGCAAUUGGAAGAAAUGUUUGAAUUGGCUGAAAACGAAUUCGGACAUGCGGACAUCAUAUGUCCUGGGGCCGGUGUUUUUGAGCCGACAACUUCAAACUUCUGGAUUCCGCCCGGCACUGGUUCUAGCUCCGAUUUGCCACAGAAGAACCGUAUCCGUCAUUCGAUAUCAAUCUGUCGCACCCUAUUCGAUCAUGCGAUCUCUGGCUUUGUUCGGUCUCUCGCUGCGCUUGAGCAACCACCAAACUCGAACGUGCCUCCUAUCCGUGUGGCUGCUGUCGCACCUGGUAUUGUCAAGACACACCCAUAUGGCUUGAGAGCGAAAAAGAUCCAAUGGCUGAACUCGGAAAAAGAUCAAUGGGUUACUCCCGAGGAGGUCGCCGACGUCAUGCUGAGCCUCAUUUGGACAGACAAUUAUAAGGGUGGUAUGACUUGGAAGUAG